AUGUCUGAUCUAGAUGACCUUGAUCCAGACCAACUUUUGGGCGAUCUUGAUGAUCUGGAUGCAGGCUUGUUUGGAAAAUCGAUCCCAAAGCCAGCUGAGAGACCCAAAAGCCCUCAGGCAACUGCAACAGAUCCACCAGCAAAAGAAGAUCCAGCUCCUUCCAGAGAUGCCUCCAAAUCCAGGCUGAUGUCAGAAUUGUUUUCUUCAUCACCAAUUGGUAGUCCCAAGAGAGACAAAAAAUCAGCACCUGAUGAUGACUUCCUUGGAGGCUUGGGUUUAGACUCUGAUAGGCCCUCAACCAUCAGUGGGCCCAGGAAAUCUGCUGGAGGAGCUUUUGAUUCAUUACUAGGGGCAGGAAUGAAAGCUGAGCCCAAGGAUUCACCUAAGAAGAAUGUUUCUUUUGUUCUUGAUGAAAAGUACAAGAAAAAGUCAGAUGUGUCCCCCGCCAUGAGAGAGGAAUCAGCUGGUUUCACCUUAUCUGGGAUUGGAGAAAAUAAGCCAACUAGGAUGCAAAAAGUAUCAACUGCAGGAGCAUAUCCCACAGCCCCUGCAGAAGUUCAAGAAGAAACCAGACCAAGGAGAAAGCAAUCAAGGCAUUCAACUGCUUCUGCUGUUGCUGCACCUCCUUCAGCAGAUAAUUGGUUAGGAGGACUGGAGCAGCCCUCAAAACCUGCAGAACCACAGGACACCAAUUUAUGGUCUUCCUUGGGGUUCAAAACCAGUGCACCCAAGCCAAAAGAACCUCCAGCUGACGUUGCUCCUUCAACUGAGUCUUUUUUCUCUGCAACUUCAAACUAUGUCCCUCCAGCACAAACAGCAGACCCGGGAAUCCCUUGGGACAAACUCCAAACAGAGCAAGAUGCAGCAUUCCGCAAGCACAUGCAAGCAUUCAGAGAGAAGCAGGCAGAAGUGCAAAAGUCACAGGAGCAGCUGGAGAAAUUGGCCAAAGAAAGGAUGCAGGAACAGCAAGAAACCCAACUGUUGCUGCUCCAGAGGAGGCAGCAGGAAGAGAUGCAGAAACAGAUGACUUCUUUUAUGGUCAUGAUGCAAGAAAUGAAACAGCAACAGAUGAUUUCUGCUCUUGAGCAACAGGAGCUUUUAAUCAAAUGUCAAACUAAUCCUCUUGCAAUGGCUGUGAAUCCUAACCUGGCAAAUUUGGUGGCUCUCUCUGCUCAAUCACAAAGCCCAUCAAGCAGCGCUGGAUUCAUACAAGCAGACUCAUCUAAACCACAUUCUAAUUCCUCAGACAGCCAAUUGAAUUUGUCCAUUGGAAUUGCUGAAGAGGUCAUGAGACUGAAGGGAGAAAUCAAAUGCCUUGAGAUUGACAGGGACCAGUGGAAAUCCUCAUUUGAAACCUCCCAAUCACACCAUGAAUCCGAGAUCCAACUCCUCACCAAAUCUCAUCAAAGUCAGAGGGAUUUACUGGAAAGUGCUGCUGCUAGACAAGAAGCUUGUCAGGCUGCUGAGAUAGAAACAUUGGUCAAAGAUCAUGAAGCCAGACUUGCUGCUAUCACACGUCGCCACCAGGCUGAAAUAGAACGAUACAUAGAGCUUUUAACAGAGAAAGACAAAGAGCAUGAAGCAUUUCUGCAAGACCUGGAAAAUAAACACAAAGAAACAAUUAAAAAGCUCAACUCACUUCAUGAAGAAUCUCUGGAAAGGAUCAACAAUGCAAGAGAACUGGAACUCACUGCAAGAGAUGCAAUUGCUUCAAAAUCUCAGUUGUUGGAGCCAAUUAUAGACCAAUUAAAAAUGCAAAUGGAAGACAUGACAAGACUCAAGGUCAGACUGGAACAUGAUGCCCAUUCUGCAGAAAGUUCAAGACUUCUUUUGCAGCAAGAGAGUGAAAAGAAACUGGAGGCUGCUAAUGAGAUUUUACUGAAGGAAAACAGUAUUUUGAAAGAACAAUUGACAACCUUCCAAGAGGCCCUAAGUUCCAAAAAAACAGAAAUGAAAGCUUUAAGAGCAGAUAUAGAGGAAGAGAAAUGGAAUGUGUCCAGGAUGCAGCUGAAACUAAACAAAGAAAGGCAACUUUUUGAAUCUGAAGUGGAUGCAUGGAGAUUGAAACAAGAAAGAGAAGAAAAAAUUCUACAGGUGAAGAAAGAAGAAUUUGAAGAUUUCUCCCAGACAAUCCGCAGAGAUCUUGAAAAAUCUAAGCAAGAACUUGCCAUGGAAGCUCAAGAAAGGGCGGUCAAACAAGUCACUGAAGCCAGAUCUAAAACAAAAGCUGACUCAGAAUUCAGCCAGAAACAACUCCAAGCAGAAGCUGCCCUUGAAGCAGUUGCAGAAGAAAGAGUGGCUUUGAAGCAGAAAAAGAAAGAGUUUCAAAAACAGAAGGAUAUUUUUGAGAGAGAAAAAGAAGAACUGAAUCAUCAAUGGGAGCAAAUCAAGCAAGAGAAAGAUUCCUUAAGGCAAUCAGCUCUCACCUUGAAGGAGCUCAAAGCAAGCUUGACCAGAAUGAAGAAGGAUCUAUCAGAUGCUGAGGAGAGGAACAAAGAAACCUUAGAAGAUAUAAAGAAUUUAGAGCUCUCUUGCCAGGAAAAGGAAAAGAAGCUCACUUCCAUGACUAAAGCAUUGCAUGCCAAACAGCAAUCAAUGAAGGAGGAGCUAGAGAACUUGGAAAAACUCAAAAGGGACCUGGAGAAACAACAAGGAGAAAUUUUUGUUUGUCAAGUUUGCAAUUCAAAAUUAUUACAGCCCAUGGAUUCUCAGUCAGGCCAAGAAUUGUUUAGAUCCACUGCAGAGCUGGAAAAAAGAGAUUUAUUUAUGCCUCCCACAAAGGCAGCUGCCAUCAGCAGCAAGUAUAUUCAAGCACCAACAUUCCAGACAAACAGAGACUUGGAAUCAAAACUGGAGUUGUCAAAAUACUUCAGAGGUCUUGGGGAUGGACAAGUCGCCCAAGACGAGGAAUCCACUGAUGCAUUGUCCAUUCAUGGCCUGGAGUCACAUGUUACUUCACCAAGAACAGUACGGAGAACAGAGGAUUUCACAUUCUCUACUGCUCAUAUGCAAGCUUGGGAAAUGCAGACUGAGCAAGACAGGGCCUACAUGAGAUCUCAAAUGAAUUGGUUGAAUGAUAUUGAAAUGAAAUUGAAGACAAAUGUCUUGUGAUCGAUUGUCUCAGAAAUAGUUCUCCCUUUGUAUCUCUUUCACCAAACAAAUUAUACUUCAUUUUUUGCGUGC